UUUUCCCUUCCGUGAUUGGUUCCCAAACUCUCGACUGUUUGUUGCGGCGAUCCGCAAAUCAUGUUUCGGGGCGCUGCAGCUCGUAGAUUGUUUGCGACACAAGCUACCGUAGCGGAGAAGGACUGCGCUUCCAUCGCGCCUCCAUAUCAAUUACUGCUUCAAAAACUAGGAUAUGCACGAAAUGCUCUUAGGCGCCCACUUACCCUCGCAGAAAAAAUCCUCUACAGCCAUCUCAGUAACCCUCAUAAUGCGUUUCGGAAUGGGCUGACUAGAGGGGAGACUUACCUGCAACUCAAUCCCCAGAGGGUCGCUAUGCAAGAUGCUUCAGCACAAAUGGCCUUGCUUCAGUUUAUGAGCGCUGGACUCUCUCGGACCGCCGUGCCUACUAGUAUUCACUGUGAUCAUCUCAUUCAAGCAUCGCAGGGUGCCAAGUUUGAUUUAGAGCGCUCUGUAGAGUCAAAUAAAGAAGUAUUCGAUUUCUUGGAGAGUGCUGCUCGCAAGUACGGUAUCGAAUUUUGGAAACCGGGUUCUGGGAUCAUUCAUCAAAUUGUUUUGGAGAACUACGCCGCACCGGGGAUGCUUAUGUUGGGAACAGACUCGCACACACCUAAUGCCGGUGGUCUGGGGUUAUUAGCUAUUGGUGUCGGUGGUGCGGAUGCGGUCGAUGCCAUGACGGGUACCCCGUGGGAGCUCAAAGCACCCCAGAUAGUUGGUGUACACUUAACCGGAAAGCUUAACGGUUGGACUACCCCCAAGGACUUGAUUCUUCACAUUGCUGGGAAGCUUUCUGUGCGCGGAGGCACUGGAAGGAUCCUGGAAUACUUCGGUCCUGGGGUCUUCAGCCAGUCGUGUACUGGUUUGGCUACUAUCGCUAAUAUGGGGGCUGAGGUGGGUGCUACAACGUCCACUUUCCCGUAUACACCAAAUAUGCGCGUCUAUCUCAAUGCAACCGGUCGUUCACCUGUCGCUAAAGCUGCCGACGAAGUGGCUGCGCAAUAUCUGUGUGCUGAUGAGGGAGCAGAGUACGACGAGGUCAUCUCAAUUAAUUUGUCAGAUUUAGAGCCCACUAUCAAUGGACCUUUCACGCCUGAUCUUGCUACACCCAUAUCGAAAUUCGGGUCUUUCGUGAAAGAACAGGGAUGGAAAGAUGAACUCUCGGCGGGUCUUAUUGGUUCAUGCACGAACAGCUCAUACGAAGAUAUGACGGGCGUCGCGGAUCUUGCUCGGCAAGCUAAGAAAGCAGGCCUAACCACCAAGGUUCCUUUUCUCUGUACACCAGGAUCCGAGCAAAUACGUGCGACUAUUGAACGUGACGGAGUGACUUCAACUCUGCAAGAUGUCGGUGCUGUCGUCCUUGCAAACGCAUGUGGGCCCUGCAUUGGUCAAUGGGCACGAAAUGAUAAAAAGGACGAAGAGAACGCAAUUUUGACGAGCUUCAACAGGAAUUUCAAGUCGCGUAACGAUGGUAAUCGACUAACCAUGAACUUCCUCGCAUCGCCCACCAUCGUUACUGCUAUGGCCUUUUCUGGAAAGCUAUCGUUCAACCCUUUGACAGAUUCUUUACCUCUGCCUUCAGGCGAAUCGUUCAAAUUUGAGCCUCCUGUUGGCCGAGAUCUGCCUGCUAACGGAUUCACCCCGGGUGACCUAAGUUUCUAUCCUUCGCCUAUUCCUGAACCACACCCUGAAACUGAAGUGGUGAUCAGUAAGGAUUCACAGCGUUUGGAGUUACUUGAGCCCUUUGCGAGCUAUUUUGGGGAAAAUACAUUGAAUUCGCGGGGUCUAGAGCUCCCGUCGCUGAGAGUCCUGAUGAGGGUUCGGGGGAAAUGUACAACUGACCACAUUUCGGCUGCUGGACCUUGGUUGAAAUACAAAGGGCAUCUGACUAAUAUAUCAGAAAAUCUUCUGAUAACUGCCGUCAACGAUGAAGGCGGAGAUGUAAACGUGGCAUUUGAUUAUGACCAUGCACCUACCGAACCAGCGACCGACACCAUUCCUGGCGUUGCUAAGCGGUUUAAAGCCAGGAAUCAACCAUGGGCGCUCGUCGUCGAUGACAACUAUGGAGAAGGUAGCGCGCGGGAGCAUGCUGCUCUUCAACCACGCUUCUACGGAUGUGCAAUGAUUAUCGCUAGGUCGUUCGCCCGUAUUCACGAAACGAAUCUGAAGAAACAAGGUGUCUUGCCUCUGUGGUUCGCCGACAAGGCGGACUACUCCCGUAUAGGGUCUGGUGAUGUUGUCGAGACCAUUGACCUGACGGAUCUUCUGCAAGGAGGGACUAGAAGCACCGUAGAAAUCAAGGUCACCCCACGGAUUGGUGAACCGUUCACGUUGUUAACUAGACAUACCAUGUCGGUAGAUCAACUCAAGUGGCUCCGAGCCGGGUCUGCUCUGAACCAUAUUCGUUCUGUGACGGUCUAACACAGAAAAAGUAUUAUAGUUACAGAAAUAAUAAUGAUACAAUAAACAUGAAAUA